AUGCAGAGGCAGCUGAGCAUCUCUUCGAUGCCCAAGCUACUGCCGGAGGAAGGCGCCCUCGGCGACGACGACGACGUCGAGGCGAAGCCCGAGAAGGCGCCGGCCCCGCGGUCGUCGGGGAAGGAGCGGUCCGUGCACCUCAUACCGCUCAUCGUCGUGCUCUGCUUCCUCCUGCUCUUCCUCUGCUCCCACGACCCCUCUCCUUCUGAUAUGUCGAGUUUUGGGAAGAAGGCUGGGAGCGCGAAGGUCAGGUUGCUCUGA